UUCGUAUUGGGGCUUCCCGCAACCAAAGAGGAAAUUUCCGAAUUUGGCAUUUCUUUGUUUCUGACUCAUUCAUUACAUAUUAUUUUUAGCUUCAUGAAUUUCGGGUACUUAAGAAUUGUGCACCAUUUUCAUUUCAUUUCUAGCAAAGUAUAUGAAAAAAAUAGUCAUCAAUCGAAAACCACCAAAAUAAAUGCAUGAUGUCUAAGCUACCCAGCUACAUUUUCCUUUUCCUCCUCAUUGCUUCCGGAAUAGCAGUGGCGAUGGAAGAUGAAUCUGAUCAGAAUAUUACUGCUGCAAAAGGAUGCAUGAUGAAACCAUCGCCAAGAAAGCUCUUAAUUCAUUCUCAAGUGUCUGGAGAAAACUGUACUCAAUCCAACCAAGAUUUGGGGUUGGAAAUUGGCGCUGAAGAGGACGGUGCCACCGGAUUAAUAAGCCCAAAAGUCUCAUCAAGGAAAAUGCCACUACUUUUUUACAAGAUGCUUGGAAUUAGGGAUGAUCAUGACCAUGGACAAAAUUGUGCCAUACUGAAUCAAAGUUGUGUUUUCGACGCUUGUUGUAGUGGUUGUGAAUGCCUUGGUUUUAUGUUAUGGUGUGUUGGGGAUUGCUAAAACGAAGAAUAUAUUGUAUUAGAAUUGAUUAAUAUAGUAUGUUGGUGCUCGGAUUGGUUACUGUUACUCGAUGAUAAAUGCAAUACUAUUCAGAGACAAAUUUUAUUUUUCUUUUACUCUACAAGAUAAUACUCUCUCCGUCCCA